AUGGCUUCCCUCUUGAGAUGGGCACGGACGGCAAUUAGAAGAGCCCCAUCGCCCCCUGCGUUGUUUCCGACGAGCGGCUUUGAAACAAUACACGCAUCUGAGGUGAUCGAGGAAGAACGAUUCGAAGGAUUCAAGAAAGGGCGCUACUAUCCGGUCAACAUUGGCGAGGUCUUUAGUUCCAAGUAUCAGGUUGUUGGUAAGCUGGGAUUUGGUGUUACUUCCACAGUAUGGCUUGCCCAUGAUCUUCAGGACCAUCGAUAUGUCACGUUGAAAGUGUAUACAUGCAAUGAAACGAGCCAGGAAGAAUUCCAGAUCUAUAAAUAUUUGAGCCAGAUGAAUACGUCACAUUCCGGCUAUGCGCAUGUAAGAGCAGCUUUAGAUGCGUUUACCAUCCAUCGUGCUUCAGAGAACAGCCACCACUGUCUUGUUCAGAAGCCCAUGUGGGAGAGUUUCGGGGAUUUGCUCUUUCGUAACCCUGAACAUCGGUUCACGGAAGACCUCCUCAAAGCUGGUCUUAUGCAGGUCUUCCUUGCUUUGGACUACCUGCAUUCCGAGUGCAAGCUUGUGCACACAGCUGAAAUGAAGCAUCCUUCACCGCGGAAGUUCACCGAGGGUGGGCCAGUUUAUGCGUCACGGCAUUUUGACUUGCCGCGGAACUUCGGCAAAGCAGUCCUGAGUGAUUGUGGUUCCGCUCCCAACGUGUACAGGUCUCCUGGAGUAACGCUGAAGACGGAAUGGAGUUAUCCGGUGGAUAUCUGGAAUGUCGGUGCUAUGGUAUGGGAUCUAUUCGAGGAUAGACACAUGUUCUACGGCAAUGACCCCGACGGGAAAGGCUAUUCGACCCGUGCGCACUUUGCAGAAGUCAUUGGAGUGCUGGGACCACCUCCUUUGGAUAUGCUAGAGCGCGGAAAACGAAGUCAUGAAUUUUUCGAUGAAGACGGGAAAUGGAGAAUUACUGUAGAGAUACCUCGAGAUUCGUCCUUAGAAAAUCUGGAACAGUAUCUCGAGGGACGAAACAAGGAAAUGUUUAUGCACUUCAUGAGAGGCAUGCUUCAGUGGAGACCGCAAGAUAGAAAGACAGCGAAGGAGCUGCUGCGGGAUCCGUGGUUGAAUGCUGAUUUAACCUAG